AAGAGCAUCAGAUAGCCAGGCAACCAAUGAAACUGGUAGGGCUAGAUAGCAUCCGUGCAGCCUCGCCCAACUGCAUCAUUUUAAACGAAAUCAGAGGCUUAGGCACGCAAAAAAAUUAAACCAGACGACGGGAGAUUCUGCAUUCUCGCUUUAAUCAUACUGUGAUCAUUCUUUAUGGUUGCAUCGCAAGCAAGGAGGCAGUACACGAGCACAGAAGAAAUGGCCGAUGCUACGACGACGACGACAGAGGAUGUUUUUGAUGAUUCUUAUGUGGAGAAAACGGGCCCGAGACCUCCGGUACAAAUCGUAUGGAGAAAUGUUAUAUUAAUGUCUCUAUUGCACCUAGGAGCGCUUUAUGGACUGACGAUUCUUCCUUUUGUCUCUUCCUUAACCCUCAUAUGGACGGGAGUGUGUUUCAUGGUGAGUGCUCUAGGAAUAACCGCCGGCGCCCAUCGCCUCUGGAGCCACCGGUCCUACAGAGCCUCACUGCCAUUACGGAUCUUCCUAGCGGUUGCAAACUCUAUGGCUUUUCAGAAUGACAUCUAUGAGUGGGCCAGAGACCACCGCGUCCAUCACAAGUUUUCUGAGACGGAUGCAGACCCCCACAACGCUCGCAGAGGAUUCUUCUUCGCUCACAUCGGCUGGCUGCUGGUCCGUAAACACCCAGAAGUCAUUGAUAAAGGACGCAAGUUGACGUUUGGAGAUCUAACAGCAGACAGUGUUGUAAUGUUUCAGAGGAGGCAUUACAAGUUAUCUGUGGUGGUGAUGUGCUUUCUUAUCCCAACCUUGGUACCUUGGUUCUUUUGGGAGGAGAGUCUUUGGACUGCAUACUUGGUCCCUUGUCUGCUGAGAUACGCUGUGGUUCUUAAUGCAACCUGGCUGGUCAACAGCGCCGCUCACAUGUGGGGAAUGAGGCCCUAUGACCACAACAUCAAUCCCAGAGAGAACAAGUUUGUUGCCUUCAGUGCCAUCGGUGAAGGAUUCCACAACUAUCAUCACACAUUCCCCCAUGAUUAUGCCACAAGUGAGUUUGGCAGUCGGCUGAAUGUGACCAAAGCGUUCAUCGAUCUCAUGUGCUUUUUGGGACUGGCCAAUGACUGCAGGAGGGUAACUCACGAAACCAUCCUCGCCCGUGUUCAGCGCACCGGUGACGGCAGCCACAAAAGUGGUUGAUCUUGUUCAAUGCAUAUCAAAGCAACAGUCACAUUUUACAAUAAUGUUCCAUUAAUGAAUGUUAGUCAAUGUAUUCAUUAACAUGAACUAAGAAUGAACAAUUCAUGUACAGCAUCAUAGUUUAACUAGUGCAAUUUUAAAAUCCAAAGUUGUGGUUAAGUUUGCACUGUGAGUUAACAAGAACUAACAACGAACAACUUCAUUUAACUAGCAUUAACAUCUGAAAAACACUAACUGGCCACUUUAUUAGGUACACCUGUCCAAUUGCUUGUUUGAGCAAAUUUAUAAUCAGCCAAUCACAUGGCAGCAACUCAAUGAAUUUAGGCAUGUAGACUUGGUCAAGACAAUCUGCUGCAGUUCAAACCGAGCAUAGAAUGGGGAAGACAGGUGAUUUAAGUGACUUUAAACGUGGUAUGGUUGUUGUUGCCAGACGGUCUGUCUGAGUAUUUCCGAAACUGCUGAUCUACUGGGAUUUUCACGCACAACCAUCUCUAGGGUUUACAGAGAUUUGUCAGAAAAAGAGAAAAUAUCCAGUGAGCAGCAGUUCUGUGUGCGCAAAUGCCUUGUUGAUGCUAGCGGAGAAUGGCCAGACUUAUUCUAGCUGAUAGAAAGACAACAGUAACUCAGAUAACCACUCGUUACAUUGUAUAAGCGCUAUACAAAUAAAGGUGAAUUGAAUUGAAUUGAGUCGUUACAACCGAGGUAUGCUGAAGAGCAUCUCUGAACGCACAAUACAUCCAACCUUGAGGUGGAUGGGUUACAGCAGCAGAAGACCACACCGGGUACUAGUAAGGUGUACCUAAUUAAACGGCCGGUGACUGUAAAUGUAUUGUUCAUUGUUUGUUCGUGUUAUUAAGUACAAUAACUAACAUUAAGUAAUGAAAAUUUAUCGUAAAGUGUUACCAAAAAAAUAAAUAACAAAAAAAGAUAUAAGCCAACACAUACAAAAGCAUUUGCAGAAAUUCUUAGUGUGCAAUGAAGAUUUGAAUUAUAUACAGUACACUCAUACAAAAUAAGAAUCUCUUAGAGUGUGUUGAACUAAUAUGUGUUCUUUCCUUUUCAUGAUGUGUAUUGGACUGAUUAGUUUAUGCUGAAGGCUACAGAUUGGGUGGAUAAUUUAGUCUCAGUCUGCCUCAAGAGGCGAGGGAUGGUAGUUCACUAUUUAAACAGCCAUGUGCCUCAUUACAGCCCUCUCUCAUGAAUAGGUUGACCCAUGAUUUUUCUGGCCAAAUAAGUUUUUGUUCUGGUUUUAGAAGUAGAUUCAGUGGGCUAUGCAGGCUGUAAAAUUAGGAUGACGUGCUAUUUAAAUACUUGCAUAAUUGUCUUUAAGCUGGAUGGAUUAUGAGUUAUUGACAGAUCAUUAUAGGUAGUCAAAUACACACAAAUUUCCAUGUAUAAUUUUUUCAUCGAGUUAAAGAUGGACUUAAUUGCGGUUAGUGCUUUUUAAAAUAGGUUUAUUAAUGAUGAGCAUAUAAAAACAUAUUCUGACAUUAUUAAAUGUUAAUUCUUAUUUUUAAAUUAUUUAUAUUUAUUUUUUGGUAUAAUUUUUUUUAUUGAUUCUACAUGCCAGUGCAAUGAUGCUGAGAUCAUUAAUGCUUAUUCUAAGGAACUCCUUAAGUUAAAAAAGUUGAUGAAUUACUGCGUAAUUAUUCUUUUUCAUAUUGCAUAGCUCUUUAUCUGGCUUCCUUGAACUUUUGUUGUCCUGUAAAUGAUCUGGCAAAUUUCAAGUAUUAUGAAAAAUAUUUAUCCAGAAAAUAUUUUGAAAGAAAGUAUCCAUUGGGGUAAAUGUAUUAGGACAUUUAUUUGUCCUUAUUAUGUAAUCCAAGGAUUGGAAAUUGAAAUGUCUUCAUCAGAUAUCUUGCCCUUUGCCUUAUAAAAUAGGCCUAUUUAUUGUCCGAUUUUGGGUUUGACUCAAAAUUGAAAUUACAAAGAUGAUGUUUAAGCAUCAGAAACAAUUAUUUCCAACUUGUGAAGUUUUUAAUCAGAUGUACCGUUUGGAGUGGGCUCUUUUCUUGGCUCUUCUGUGACGAAUGAAUGACCACAUGUAGCUACACAUAUUUCUUGUCAUAAAUGUUUGAUAGCUUGAUAGUGGUAUGCAUUUCUCCAAAUGUAAAACACUAAUAUUCUCACCAAAUGCUUUAUAUAUUUUAAACAUACUCCCAUGUUUAAGAAGGACAAACAAACUGAUUAUAUUUUACUGCUAAAUUGUUUAUACAUUGUUGACCUGUGAUGUCUGGGAGCCUUAAUGGGCACAUUUACAAGGAAUGUUGUUUCAUGUACCAUAAACCAAAAUUUCUAUAAUCCGGAGAGUUUUACGAGUUGUUCCGUGAGUUUUGUUAAGAAUCAAUAUUAAUCUUUUCUUAACUGAAUAAAAUGUGUGUAUAUCUGAAAA